GCCAGAAUUAACGGGAGAGAUUAUUAAAACAUAUUCAAUUGAAAUAAAUUAAAUUCAAUAAAUAAGUAAUCGUGUUUAGGGCUUUAACCACGUGACUGAAAGACAACCAAUAACAGAUCAGAACGCGCUGCUAUAGCAACCUGUGUUAGAACCUAACAGGUACUGGUAAUGCUGGACGCCCAGUUCUACACGCAAGGCGAGUAAACAAACUGUAUCUUGCCUACAUUAUACAUGUUUAUCAAUUAUUAUUUUUACACUGGUUAAUUAUUGUAUCAUAAAAACAGUUCUGCUAAAUUGAGGAUAGACCAGACUGGAAAUUUAUUACAGAAGAUUCCUUAUAUGGAGAGUAUUAGACAUUUUCUCAUUUGGUUUAUUAGCAACUCAGGCAUAACAUUAUGACCACCUGCCUAAUAUUGUGUUGGUCCAUCUUUUGCUGCCAAAACAGCCCUGACCCGUCAUGCACGGUGACACCUUUCUAGAAGAACCAGCAUUAACUUCUUCAGCAGUUUGAGCAACAGUAGCUCGUCUGUUAGACCACACGGGCCAGUCUUCACUCCCCAUGUGCAUCAGUGAGCCUUGGCCACCCAUGACCCUGUCUCCGGUUCACCACUGUUCCUUCCUUGGACCACUUUUGAUAGAUACUGACUACUGCAGACUGGGAACACCCCACAAGAUCUGCAGUUUUGGUGAUGCUCUGAUCCAGUCGUCUAUCCAUCACAAUUUGGCCCUUAUCACACUCGCUCAAAUCCUUACGCUAGUUCAUUUUUCCUGCUUCUAACACAUCAACUUUGAGGACAUAAUGUUCACUUGCUGCCUAAUAUAUCCCACACACUAACAGGUGCCAUGAUAAGGAGAUAAUCAGUGUUAUUCACUUCACCUCUCAGUGCUCAGAAUGCUGUGCCUGAUCGGUGUAUAUUGUCUAUUAUAUUUGUAAAUUCCCAUUUUCACCCAGUGUUUUGAAUGAUUGAUUUGGGUACAAUGUGCAGUUAAAUAUUAAUACAUUCUGGGUUGAUGUGAUAUAAUAAUUAAAAAAGAGAACAUUCUCUCUGAUUUGCUAUUCAAAUACAUGUGAUUUGAUAGAUUCACAUUCAUUCACAUUCAGGAAACACUUUAUCCUGGGAACACUGGGCGUGCGGUAGGGACACAACUCGGACAGGAUGGCGGUCCAGCACAGCUCAUUCACACCUAUGCUCAGUUAAGCACAGCCAAUUUGGACAGUGGAGGAAAAACACACAGACACAUUUGAAAGUCCACACACACAGUAACCCAAGGUCAGGAUCGAAGCGGGGACCCUGUGUGCUGACAACGUGACCUGUUGUGUCGCCCUUGAAUGAAAUACAGUAAGGUUUAUAGACAGACAGAGAUCAAUCCACCCACCUCCACCUUCACAGCUAACAGCAGUCCUGUGAUCAGAAUCAGAAAAAGGACUAGAAGAUAAUUAACACUCCACGUGCAUAGAAAAAGCUUUAGUAAACCUACAAGCUGAACCAAGGAGCUUUAGCCAUGUCUGUAUCAGGCAGCCAAACUCUGAGGCGCUCAGACAUGCAGCGCCAGUUAAAGGAACUUAUUCAUAGUGUGGAAAAAGCGCACAAAGCUGACAUACAGACCUACAGCUCAGGUCACCUGGGUCCUAACAGUCUGGCUCAUAGAGCCCUUAACUGCAGGCCAUGCAAGCCCAUAUGGAACAACCCCAAGUGUAAAGACAAGGGUCAGUCAGUUCAGAAAAGGAGCAAAAUGGAAGCUAGCAUGGAUGAAAUGACUGAUGCCCUGCACAGCUUCACUAUAGACACCACACUACAGAAGCCUAGGAUCCAGGAAAGGCCAGAAAGUCCUGGUAAGGAAUUGCUGACCUCUGAUCUGACAGGAGUUCAGGAUGUGGCCGAGCUAGCUAAGCUGAGAAGAGUAAUACAGGAAAACAGGUGUGCAGAGUCUGACACGGUGGAACAGGACAGCUGCUGGUUCACACACUCUCACAAAGCUGGGCUUACCUGGAGUGAUCCAGGGUAUCGGAGGAUGCAGGUUUUAAGGACAAAAGACUUGACCACCAGGAAGUGUUUGAGCGGUCGAGAAGCAGCGAAGCGGCAUGAGCGCAGGCUUCAACAGGCACUGAGGAAACUUCCUGCCAGUGGAGGUCCCUGCAGAGAGCGCCUCACCGUAUUUAGUGAUGUCUUUGAUGACGUGUGUGACGGCUCACCUGCAUUCGGCAGCGUCCUCCGAGAAAUCAAGACCGAGUAUGAUUUGUACUUGGAGUCACUCCUUUCCUCCCAGUCAUCUCUCCAGAAUGAGUCUGUGUCUACCUCCUCCGGAGUCUCCACAGAAGCAACAGAGUUAAAGGAAGCAGCAAGCCAUGUGUUAUUACUGGAACAGGAAGCCAAGAGAGCUCUAGAGGAAAAUGACAGAGUCCGAAUAGAGUAUGAAGAUGCUCAAGCCAAAGCUCUGGUAGACCAGAAGGAAAAUGAAAGCUGCGAGUCAGUAGGUCCAUGUGAUGAGAGUGUGUUCUCAGGAGUGAACCAGUGUGAAUUGUCCUCCCUCGGUCAGCUGGAGGCUAAAAGCUGGCAGGUGUGGAAAGUGUGGAAUGAGGUGCAGAGGCUCCAGAAAGACAUCCGAGAGACGAUGGUGUCCACUGUUACCACCAGCGCUCUUGAGAACGGCAUCAUAGACACAGAAGAUGAAAUCAUGAACUUUGCUGCUUCAAAUGUGUUUCUUCAGAGAACCAAUAAGGAUCUUGAACAAAACAUUUCAACAAUCCUAAGAAAAGCAAAACUCAGCGAGGAGACAUCAAUGCAGGUUUGGGAGGAGAUAUGGACCACACUGAAUGGACAUGAUUAGGACACUCAAGAAUGAGCUACUUUGUGACUCUGACUUCUGUGUAAACAUCUGCAUGGGGUGAAAAUUUUUAGCUCUUUAAUGACGGCAAACUAAAUAGAGAGGCAGCAGGUCUUGCGCAUGACAGGAAGUGGCUUGUUAAUACCAAUAUGUGAGAAACUAUUGCUCUAAAUAGGAUCCUUUAUACAUCUGUCCUGACUAAGGAAUAACUUUUUGUAAUCUGCUUCCAAUUGGUUACUUCAUAACACUUUAUUAAUGGGUGAUUCUCAAAUGAUGGUCACUUACCAGCAAAAUGCUCAUGAUUUUCUUGUUGUUUGACGUUACUGGAUGAAUCACUGGAGUUAUUCAUUGUCACUGUGUUACAAGCAUAAGCUAGAUGUACUUUCCAAGACUGCAUCAACAGCCUCUCAAAACACUCCAGCAUCAAUAUAUUCUUUAAUUAAAUCCUCUUCAAUUUUUUUUUUGGUAAAUAAUAUUUUACUGAAAGACAGAAAGGUUUUAAAUUAUAAAAAAUAGAUAAUAAUAAUAAUAAUAAUAAUAAUAGUAAUAUUAUAAUAAAAGUAAAUAAUAACUUCUUGUGUAGAGACAAGUAGAGUGUAAAUCUACUGGUGCUGGUUAAAAUGGCAAAUUGUUCUAAAAUUUGGCCAUGAGUUUCUUUUUAAAUAAUUAAUACCAUUGACAAGAAAUGCAGGAACAAAUAUUCUUUUUUUAAAUAAUUUAUCAUAUUAAAUAUUAUUAAUAUACAUAUAUCAUAGACCCCAUUCUUAUGUUAAUAUUAUAGCUUGUAUUAAUAUUUUUUCUUAUAAACACAAAUGUAUAAAUGACAAAUUUUUUAUGCCUGCAAAAACCGAAUAGAAAAAUACUGGCUACUGAAUGAAGAUACUUUUCUUCAAUAAGUAAAUGACCAAAAAUAAUAUUUUUAUCUCCUGUGUUUAAUUGAGAUCUCUAGAUCCUAUAUAGAAAAUUCUAAAGGGUACACAAACUUUUAAGCACUAGUGAAUGUUCACAACACUUUCAGUUUCAAAGAAUGUAUACACUGAUACUGAUUCAUUUUGCUUAGGAACAUUUAAAAUUAUACAGUUCUUGAAAGAGUAAGAGAAACCAUGUCAUGAGGAUGUGUUAUAAAGGAACAGGGUUUGUCACCAUAUUGUGUGAAUGACUCAGUCUCUGCUGUUCUGAAGAGGCCAAAAACAUUUGGACUAAUGAGAGAGUGUCAGACAAUAAAGUCUGUGGUUUAUCAGUCAGACACAAAGCAACUGAUAGCAUCACUUUUCAUACAGCAUGUACUUUUGGAAUCAGCUACAUAACAGAUACGGUGACGAGGAACUCUGAGGACGUGCCAUCAUGAGGAACAAUGACCACAGCCAGCAGUUCCAUACAUGCUGCCCUUUGACCGUUUGCUGGCUUGCAGUGAUUGUAUGUUUAUGUUGUUCAUCUGUUUAACCACUAGAUGUACCCAGAACCUUGCCAAUGGAUUGCAAUAAAUCGCCCAUCCCAAACACUGCAUACUGUAUUCUGAAAUAUAGCUUCAGCUUCAAACACUGGCACUUUAGAUUGUUUUAGUAUGAGAUAUUGAUCACCAUGGUUUAAAAAAAAUUUUUUUAAAAAAAUUAAAAAAAAAGACAGAAUUAGUCUCUUCAGCUAAAGAAGAUGGAGUGAAGAGGAUUGUA